CGAGCAAUCUCCGAUCCAUGACCGACACGAUGGCUGCCCUUGCCGCCAUCCCGAGCCCCAGCGCCGGGGCGGAGCCUCUACUAGAGCGCUCUUCUCUUCAUGGUCUCUCUAGUGAUCGUGAUCUGAACCUCGCGCAUGCGAAGGAGAGCGCGCGAGUGGCGCCAACCUCAGGCAUGGCCCACGCCACGCUAGGUCACGCGCAGCUGGCCCUGCAGCAGUACCCGUCCGCAGUCCAGAGCUUCAAGAAGGCAAUCGCGCUUGGGCUUGAUGACCGUGCUACCCACGAUGCGCUCAAGCAGGCGCGUAUCGGCGUUCUUGAUGCACUUGGGACGGCCGACGCCGCGGAGUGUCCUCGACCGCCGCCUGUCGUCGCAACACCGCCACCUCCCGCGCAGCCCUCUCCUGCGCGGGCUGGAGCUUUGGCACCAGGAAACUCGAUGGCUUACGAGGUGGGCUGGCAAUGUUUGCGCCUCUUUGGUCAGCACCUGCUGCGACAGUCGACGCCAUUGCAGCUUGGGCUUCCGCUAUUGUGUCUCGGCGUCGCAUCGUGGCUCGUCCACAACUGGUGCGUCGCCCUUCUCGCCGUGUUCCUUGGCUAUAUUGCACUCUGGUUCCACUACAAGGUGCGCUGGCGGCGGCUUCACUGGCGCUUCUGGGUGCGGCUUCCAUGGCUCGCGUAUGCGCUACCGCUGCUUCUGCGGCUUCUCGGGCAGUACAAGCUCUUUGUACUUGUGCAUACUGCAUGGCCUGUCGCGUGCACCGUCGCAAUGACUUGCGCGUUGACAACGUCGCCGCGAGUCCGCAUGUGUCUUCUCCACGGCUCCGUCUUUCUCUACUACGUGGUGUGGGAACGAAACACGCACGACUUGGCUCGGUUUCUGGCGCCGCUGGCGCUCGACUCGGCCGGGUACUGCCUCGGCCAGGUGUCGACCGCCGACGUUCGGGUCGCUGCACAAGCCGCUGUCACUGCGACCGACGUUUCGUCAAUCGAUCUCACGGGAAUGCAGGCGCUGUACUUUCUGCGAUGGGCGCUCGACUAUUGGCAGCAGCCAACGACGUUUACGUAUACCGAACUCCUCGCGUCCGUCGUCGCGUCGCACGACGCUGCACUGCGAUGGCUCCACCCGCAGCUUCGAGAGAUUGCUACGGAGGUCGACACGACCACCUUGGCUGCGUACCUCCGUCUUGUGCUACAAGCGCUGCAACCGCCCAAAGCCGUUGCCAUCGCUCUCACAAUCUGUCGAGACGGCUCGAGUGUCCUACUGACGGCGCUUUUCCUGCUACGGGGUACGGUACCCAUUGCGUUGGCUCCGUUUGCAUAUGCACAGUGGCCCGCCCUCGUCGAGCUACGAACGCUGUGGCGCGAAGGCAGUGCCGACUGCGACAGCCUCGACUGGAUCCUUCUGCGCUCACCACUGCUUGGCGUCUGGACCAACGUCAAGGCCGGUGUGUACUGCCUCGAAUGUGGCGCGCAGGCAGCACGGGCUGUAGCCGCGACAAGUGCCGCCGCGACGGUCGCUCUCAAGCUCCGGUCGCUGGUCGCAGCCGUCGGGAAAGCGCGUGCCGAGGGAUGGAGCGCGCACUGGGAUACCGUGACAGACUCGGUCUUCUCCAUCUAUGCGGCGAGGGAGUCGGCGGCACAUGUUUGGACGUACGUCUGGCAACGCGUAUGCCACCAGCACCAAUAGCCGUGGCGUUAACGACAGCCCAUACAACCAGAAAAAUGUGGGCCAUCCGCGCACUGUUUCAUCCCACAAAACCCGGACCAUGGAAGUCAAAACUCUCAGUUCAAUGCUCUUAAUGAACCGAGUAAGACGAGUAAAUAAAGCCUGUGCACGUAGCGCGCCCACGAC